GAUGGGCGCCGUGGCCGAGGCGGCGCUGCGCUGCUCGACGGUGGUGCGCGCUGUCCUCCAGCGGCUGCCCGUCGAAGACCUCUUCCUGUGCGCGCGAUACGACGACCUGUGGGAGCGCGUCGCGGCCACGCUGCUUCGCCGGAGGCUCAGCUUCUUCACGCUGCUGCACGAGGGCGACGUCGGCACGGCGUGCUCCGACGGGGCGUUCAUCGACGAACUUCGAUGGCGCCUCUGGCUCGCCGAGAAGGCGUGCCGACGACCUGCCUCUGCCAUUGUGUUCAGCUGCUGCGAGAAGACCUACGAAGCGCGUGCUGUCGCGUCGUGCUUCCCCGACGGUGCGAGCGUUGCCCAGGUGGAUGUCCUGUGCCCCAUCCGCUUCCAGAGGCGAGGUGUCCUGGAGAGGCGCGUGGCGCGCCUCUGCGUGCUGGUGUUGUUCGAGAGGCCCGGCACCGAAUUCCAAUGCGAAUGGCUCCCAUGCGUUGGCGGACAUUCGGUGGAGGGCGCGGACACAGAAUUAGCCGUCUCGAGGGAGGCGGCCUCGCUGGUCAUCGCCAGGCGUAGACGCUGUCACUGCGGCCCGAAGAAGGUGACGUACCGUCAUCACAGGACGGGCCAGCCGGCACGGUUCGCCCUCUAUGCCAGCAGCGCCUUCAAUCGGAGAACGUUUCGGAGGCCACCCAGCUUGUACCACGUGGCCAGCUGCGUCCUGGGUACGACACGAAUCAGGGUGCUGAAGCACUCUCCCGGAAACCGCUACGGCGUUCCCGUCUGCUGGGGCACCGCGGUGUUCGGGAGCAAGACCAGGGCCGCGUCUGUCAAGUACCGAGGGUCCGCGACGGACUUUCAGGUGUCCAGACACCUGUCCGGCGUUAGAAGUGAGUUCGGCAGCGUCGAAGACGCCCUCGUGCUUUUCUUUCAAGAGGAAUUGUUGAACGCUCCCGCCACGGAAGUCAUCUGGAGCGUUUUCAGUGAUGCGGCUGCCGUUCUGGGAAUGGCGGCGAGUUCCUUGGCUUUGGACGUGAAUCGUGUGGCAUUCAACCUCGAGCCAGUCAGCGACACCGAGUUGUCGAAAUGUCUGGGGACACCCGUCGUCGUAGCCGUCCUUGGAACAUGACUGCUUGACGUUUUGUCAAGUUGUGCAACCACUUGUUGAUGACGUUGGCGGAACUAAACCACAUGCUACUACAAGUAGGGCUCUUGAUGCCUGGUUGGCUAUUGUGAAUCCAUUCUAGUCGGACCCACAUGACGUAGGCAUGAACAGCAUUGGUCACUGCAACGGGACCUGAAAACAGCUUAUGGCUGUCGUAGUCACAUUUACUAGUUUCAAAACACGCUAAGUUAUCGUGCGUGUGUCGGUGAACAGUACGACCAAUUUUUUUGCUGUACGAUGAAUCAACCUAUAGAGUUCCAGGUACUUCCGCAUGAGAAUUUCUCACCGGACACACGUAACUUUAAGACUGAUAACCAAGAGUCAGGGAAGUGAGUCUGGUGAUUUGGUAGUACAGGAUUUCUUAUAUGUCUUCUGCAAUUACCACAGGGACUCUCAAUCUCAAGCUGCAUACGAAGUGAUUGGCAACCGUAUUUAGUCUGACCAGUCUUAUACCACGAAGUAGUUUCCUCCGCUGCCACUGAUAUAUGUUAUUUUUGCUGAACGCAAGUGGCGCGAGAAUAUGAGAGCUCAGUAAAAGCAAUGACUGCGGGCCUUUGGAUUGCUUGAA